AUGGGAAGGGGGAGGUUCUGGUCCAGUAUAAAUACCCAAUGCGUCUCAAUCCCAAAUACUUACUGUUUGGUAACUCUGGUUUCCACCAUGAAGCUGCUUCUGAUCUGUGUGUUGUUGGGCGCAGCUGCUGCCUUUGAGGAUGAUGACGAUAAGAUCGUUGGAGGAUACACCUGCACAAAGAACUCAAUCCCAUACAUUGCAUCCUUGAACUCCGGCUACCAUUUCUGCGGAGGGGCCCUGAUCAACAGCCAGUGGGUCGUCUCUGCCGCUCACUGCUACAAAUCGAGCCUUCAGGUCAGACUUGGAGAACACAACAUCGCUACGAGUGAGGGCACCGAGCAGUUCAUCAACUCCGUCAAGGUCAUCAGACACCCCAGCUACAACUCCAGGACCAUAGACAAUGACAUCAUGUUGAUCAAGCUUGCCUCCCCCGCCAGCCUGAACUCCUACGUGAAGACCGUGGCUCUGCCCUCAAGCUGCGCCUCCGCUGGAACCAGCUGCCUGAUUUCCGGCUGGGGCAACACUCUCAGCAGUGGCACCAGCUACCCAAAUCUCCUCCAGUGCCUGAACGCCCCCAUCCUGACCUCCUCCCAGUGCAGCAAUGCCUACCCCGGACAGAUCACCGCCAACAUGAUCUGCCUUGGCUUCCUUGAAGGUGGCAAGGACUCCUGCCAGGGUGACUCUGGUGGCCCCGUGGUCUGCAACGGACAGCUCCAAGGUGUCGUCUCCUGGGGUAACGGUUGUGCCCUGAGGAACUACCCCGGCGUGUACACCAAGGUCUGCAACUACAACUCCUGGAUCCAGAACACAGUGGCUUCAAACUAAAUUUUUGUUCUAAUAUUUACUCCUUUUGUGUUAUUUCAUGUCAUGUUCCUCCCUGCCGUUGAUUUAUCAGCUUUAAUAAAGUCCUGAUCUUGAGAACAUA